GGGCUGGGACGCGUGAGCGGCCGGGCCCCGCAGCCGCCGCGCCGUGAGCACCAUGCGGCCGCCCUGCUCCUGGAGCCCCGUGGGCCGGGGGGUGCCGCAGGCCCUGCCGCCCGCACCGCCGGCCUUCCCCGGCGCCGGCGCGGAGAGGGCACCUGGCCGCUGCACCCCCCAGGGCUCAGCUGCCACGCGCGGGCCUAGGUGCCCAUGACGCCUAUGCCGACCGCUGCGCGGACACCAGUGCUGCCACCAGCUCGCCACAGCGCCCGGGCCCCGAUGCCGGUCAUGCCCAUCCCGCGGCGGGUGCGCUCCUUCCACGGCCCGCACACCACCUGCCUGCACGCGGCCUGCGGGCCGGCACGCACCUCCCGCCUGGCCCGCACCAAGUACAACAACUUCGACGUGUACGUGCGCGCGCGCUGGCUGUACGGCUUCAUCCGCUUCCUGCUCUACUUCAGCUGCAGCCUGUUCACCGCCGCGCUCUGGGGCGCGCUGGCCGCGCUCUUCUGCCUGCAGUACCUGGGCGUGCGCGUCCUGCUGCGCUUCCAGCUCAAGCUAUCCGUGCUGCUGCUGCUACUGGGCCGCCGGCGCGUGGACUUCCGCCUCCUCAACGAGCUGCUCAUCUACGGCAUCCGCGUGACGGUGCUGCUGGUCGGGGGCCUGGGCUGGUGCUUCAUGGUCUUCGUGGACAUGUGAGGGCCCGGCCUGGGCCUCCGCCGGGGGGUGUCUUCCCUGCGGCCCGUGCUUCUCCUGACCGGCUGGGUCGGGACUCCUCCCGCCUCGCGGGUCUGGGCGGGGGGGGGGGGGGGGGGGGGGGGGGGAGGUGCUGAGACUGCUCCGGGAAGGGGACGCGGGCGCCCCCUCUGCUGCUCGUUUUCUGCACUGAUCCUCCUUGUAUGUCCCUGGGGGGUCAGCGCCACCUGGCCGCCAGCCCACGCUUCCAGCCCUCGCUUUUCCAGGCUGUGCCAGGGUGAGGCCCCUUGGCCUAGCCUGCCCUUGGAGAGCCUCUGUGUCCCUGCUUCCUCUCUGGGACACGGGCAUCACAGGCUGCGAGCGAGGGCCUCCUGGCCAGCUGCACGGCCCCUCCCUGUGAGCCCCCAGCCCCAGCCUUAGGGAAGUGUCAGGCUCAAGUGGCUGGCGUCGGCACUGCCACAAAGCUGCUCGCUCUGCCCUGGGCCGCCCACGUCCCGGCACAGCGCUCAGGCCCUCCGUCUGUCCCCCUGAGCGGUGGUGGAGUCCUGAGUUCCAGGCCGGGCUUCCGGGCCACUGUGGUUUGCUUAGACGCGGUUGAGUGGGAGUCACAGGCAGCCUUGGCCAGUUCCCAGAUUGGGGACCAGCCCUGGUCCUGGGCAUUCUGCCUACCUCUUGGGCAGGUUUGUUGAAAACGUCAGGCGGGAUCUCAUAGUCUCUCCAAGCAUGGAAUUCUGGGAGGCCCCUGAACUCCUUCCGGCUGGGGGUGGGGAGGGGAGCCGAGAUUUGGCCUCUCUCCCUUUGAGGGAUGGCUGGCAAUUGAAACGUGCGUGCAGGGAGCUGACGUCAGAGGUCUGGAGAAGCACCACAGCCUCUGCGCGCCCGUCCCCGGGACGUGAGCAGAGCUUCCGCUGAAAGAGCCCCUCUUGAGCGUGCGUGUGCACGGGCUGGGCUGCCCCUGUGUUCUUGCCCCCGCGUUGGAGCCGCUGCUGAGGGACAAGCAGAACUGAAUAUGGGGCCGGAAGGAGUGGAGGGCCUGUUGGUCCAUCGGGGGGCCCAUGUCUUGUGCAGACCCCUCGCUUCUCUGUCAGAGGAGGAGAGGGUGGCCUGGUGGCCCCAUAGUCACAGCAGGUCUCCUUGGCAGGUGAGAAGCCGCUCGGAAUAAUUGUGAUGGGACGACAGGCAGAGACCAGGGACAGCAGACAGCCCCAUCCUGGGGGUGACAAACUCCUCAUCCCGAGUUGUCCCUCCACCACCCCCUGAGCAUGGGCAGUGGCCCCUUUGACCUUGUGUGCCCAGGCAGUCCAGGGGCCAGAGGAGCUGUGGGACAGUUGGGUGCCCCGGGAGGAAGACUCCAAAUCAAGAAGAGAAGGUGAAGAAAGCUCAGCUGGAAACCACGCUCUUUGAUUUGUAGCCGGCUUCUGUCCAGCAAUUGUCAACUUGGGGACAGUGGGAGGGCUCCCGGGACGAAGUCCUUGCUUGGGUGGAGUCUGCGGGCUCCCUGGAUGCCCCGCGGGGAGCUGACCUGCGUGUACCCCACUUCUCAGCACUGCAGAGAAUCUUUUGCACUAAAUCAUGCUGUUUCCUAAAAGUUUUGUUCUGUGUUAACUCAGACCCCCCAGAGCUCCCGCCACAGAGGUGGACGUGUGUCCGCACCGUCAGGACGGCAGGAGGGGUGUGGCUGGGCUGCCUCGAUUGUGGUUGUGGCCACAUGAGGAGCUGGCACGGUGAACACAGACAUGCUCGGUGACGCGAGCGCCUGUUAAAUUCUUUAUGAGAUGAGCCACCUGCAUUAAACUUAUUUUUUUAACACGU